UCAUUAGUACUUGAGACUUCAAGUAUUUCAAGCGAUUCAAUACGUACACUACUAUGGAACCUGAUGCAGUCGGACUGCGUUGCGAUCUAACAUCUUGCCACGAGUUUGAUUUCCUCCCGAUCAAGUGUCACUGUAACAAGGUGUUCUGUAGGUUCCACAUCUCCCCUGAUAAGCACACUUGUGUGUUACCCGAUGGGCCUUCUGAAGGACACGCGCCCUUCAUAAAACGCCAGAGAUGUGCUCUUGAAGAUUGUCAGAAACCGAGCCUGGAAAGUGCAAUCAGUACAGAGGUUGGUGUCGAAACGAGCCCAGCUUCAUCUGCUCCAUGCCCCAAAUGCCUUUUGUCAUUUUGUAUCGAUCAUCGUCACCCAGAUUUACAUUCAUGCACAGGUCUGCAGGAGCAUGAGACUGAUAAGAAGAAGGAUGCUCAAGAUAUCCUUGCGCGGCAUUUUUCCAAACCAUCUUCACAUACUCCUGUAGCCGUUCGACGCACAAUCAAGCCUCCUACAGACCCCCAAAAAAUAGCUCAAAUACAGAAAGUUACCCUCAUGAAGAUGCGUCAUAGUGCUACUGCGGGGGACUCUAGGGACAAAUCAUCCACCGUACCUGUUAAUGAACGCUUGCACAUCAAAGCUCGAUUGGAGAUAACUGGGAUGCCCGUGCAGGAACGCGUACUUUGGUUCAGAAAGUCUGUGGUCACGGGCAGGGCAUUGGACCUGAUUUCUGCAAAUCUCGGGGUUCCCUCCUCGUAUCAAACGCCGCUGUGCCUCAUAGAGAAGACCGUCUCAGAUUCCUCAGGUUGCUUGCCCCUUCAAAAUGAUCAGUUAUUGUCUGAACAAGUGGGGGACACCUGCACUGUAAUCUUGUCGACUGUGCCCCUUAGUCGAAGUAAUUGAUCUACGGACCUCGUGCCACAUACUUUCGCGUACUACCUCUUACGAAAUUCCGAUUGUGAUAGACCUAUUAUCUAAUAUUCCAGCUGCCGGGGCAUAUACGAGCGACAAAACACUUUGACGACAAAAGGAAUUAUCGUUAAUACAACAAUGGGGUCCACCCCACACC